GGCGCGCGGGCAGGACGUCACAGACAUCUGUGCCUUUCAUUGGGUUCGUCCAUUUGUUGCAGUUGUUCAGUGUUUACCCGCGGAGCGAUGUCAGUGCUCCGGGUCGGUUCUGUGUUGCUCUGGGCGGUGUUGGCGGUGAGCCGUGCUCGCAGGAGCCCAACGGAGCCGGAGGAAGUUCAGGAGCAUAUCAACAGCGCCAGAUGCACAUCCAGGUGCCUCAGCCUGCACAUGACCCAGAUAACCGCCGCUUUCAGACACAUCCAGAGCGACGAGGUUCUGGUUUGGUGUGAAAACCACAGACGCUGUGCACAGUGCCUUCAGCCAUGUGAAGAACUGUGGGAAACGAGGACGGUCCUACCACCAAAGGCCUGUGAGAAGCAGACAGAAUGCAUGACAAGCAGGGAGUUUCUGGCCUCCCUGAGGUCGUCUCGUCAGGGAGACUGCCCCCCGCCGCAGCGAGCCACAGGGUUUGCUGCAGCCUGUGUGGAGAGCUGUUCAUCAGACCAGCACUGCCCUUCUUCUAGAAAGUGCUGCUUUAAUGGCUGUGGACACACCUGUCAAGCUCCAGCCAAUUUAUAUAAAGGUGUUCCUUUAAAGCCUCGCAGAGAGAUGAGCUUUACAGAGGACUCAGAGGGACACGUGAAGGUAGGGUGGGUGUCCAAGUUCAACGUCAGCAUGGAGCCAGUCGUUUACCUCCUGGAGUCCCGCUGGAACAUUGGUAUUCACCCCAGUGAAGACCAUGCUUCUCCGUGGUCUGCUGUUGCCAUGACUCUUUCAGAAGAAGUUCUUCUGACCGAUUUGAGACCUCAGCGUUGGUAUCAGUUCAGGGUAGCAGCGGUCAACAGCCAAGGUAGCAGAGGUUUCACCACACCCAGCAAACACUACAUUUCCAGUAAAGAUCCUUCACCUCCAGAACCUCCAAUGAACAUCAGAGUGAGCAACCAAACUCUAAACUGGGCAGGACUUCAACUUAUGCCGAAGGUUACAGAGAGGUCGAGUGAAAGUGGAACCACAGUGGCAGUCCUGUUGAACUGGGAGCCCCCCAGUGAGGGGGACCUGCUUAUUCGCAACUACAGAAUCACUUGGAUGCCUCUACAUGUACACACAGCACAUAAACACACACACUCACUUCAAGCUAAUGCACAAAGAUUGCACAAAAACAAGCAAAAGUGGCCAACAAACUCACACAGACAAGAGCAGAAGAAGAAAGAGAGCAACACUGUUCUGACUGCAGGGGCGCAGAAUGAGUUGUGGGUGCAGGGUCUUCUGCCUGGCACUCCCUAUUCCCUGUCAGUUCAGUCGGUUGCCUACUGGGGUCAAAAGAGACUUAAAAGUCACAGAGCACAGCUGGUUUUCACAACUAUUCCUAAUGCAGAUGGAGACUUUUCCAACGAACUCCCUUCCUCUUCAUCAUCUCUCUCACCCUCUUCUCCCUCUUACCCUUCUGUGUCUCAACCCGACUCACCUGUCAACCCUGUCCCCUCUGAAAAACUUCGACUGGAGGCUGCUGCCCCUCAUUACCAUGACAACCAGCUGCAGGUGAAGGUGUACUGGAAGUGGCCUCACCACUUCAGACCAAAACAUCAAGAUCUGUACAUUUUGCGUUGGCAUCCACACACCUGCAUUAACAAUGUAACAAGCAAAGAGAAAAUGACAACAGUGCAGGGCACCCAUCACACCAUCAAAGGCCUGCACUUUGCAUGUAAGUACCGGGUUUCAGUGGCAUUGAAGGCGGUUCCGGGGUCUGAGGCUGUUGCCUGGGUUAUGACCCCAACUUGUUCCUCCAUCAGCAUCAGAGGAAAAGCUUUGGCCUGCAACACCAAAGAGCGCCUCCCAGCAGGCAGAAAGGUGGUACUUCGGCCAGAACAGCUGACUGCAGAUUUUUAUCAACUCAAUGGAACAUUGCUUUCAACAUUUCGCUGGAGGAUGUCCCAGCAUGCACUCGAUCCAGGAGCAGUGGAGGGCUUUCAGUUCACCUGGACUCUGCAAUCUGAGCUCAAGUCUGAUGUAGACAGACCAGAACAUGCUCUCAUCUCCCAGACUCAAACCAUUGCAUCGACUCAAAGAUCGGUAACGGUUCGUGGUCUUCAGGCAGGCAGUGUGUACCAGCUGCAACUCCAGGUGCUAACAGCUGGUGGCAGAAAGGGCGCUGCAGUCUCAAAGACCAUACAUACUCCCACAAUAAACACCAGUCUCUUGUAGGUAGAAACACUGUUAUUAAGACAAAAGUUUUACUCAAUGCAUAGUAAUUCUUAGCCUUAUAUUUUUUUGUAGCAGAUGUGUUUUAUAUGCUUAGAAAAAUGUGUACAUUAAACAUCUGGGCAUAUAUUUUCAAGGCCAAAAACCCAAAGCUGCAGCUGGCAUCCAUGGAUGUCUUCAACUGUGUGGGGUUUUUUUUGCCAUCUUUCACUGUGCUACAGAUUUUGUUCAGCUUCAAAGCUGACCUAUCUAAAAGUGUACAAUAAAGAAGCAUUACAUUUUCACUUUAAACACAUUUUUCAGUCAUGAUAAAGACAAUUAACUUGCUUCAAAUUAUGUAUGUUAACUUGAAACUCUGCCUCUAUUUUUCUGUUUUAAAUGUAAUGCCCGAAGCCUAUGGAGUUUUUAACCCACUAUUUCCCUUUCGGGAUCACGGGUUGCCGGAGACUGUCCUGGCAACUGUUGGGUAAAGCCAGGAUACACCCUGGAAUGGUUACCAGUCUGUCACAGGGCAUGGAGUUUUAUUUUUUUUAACAAAAACAUGUAGUUAUUUUUAUAGCAUUUUUGUUAAGGUUGCACCAUUUGUAAUUGUUCUUGUUGUUGUUGUUGGAGCUGAUGGACUGUAUUGGCUACUGUGCUGUACAUUAAAUAUGUGAAUAGUGUGAGUUCUUGCAUGGCUGCAUCUGUCUUGUGAUUUUGAUAGGAUCAAUCCUCCUACACUGUUUUGGCCCAAGAAACUUGUAAAAAGACCUGUUGUCUUUGAUUUCUAAUGAUGCUAGCAGAGAUGAGCUCUGAUCUUAAAUGUACAAUCCAAAUGUAGGUUCAAACUGUGUUUCUCUUAUGGAGUAGUCGUGAUAAGUAAACAUCUUCAAAAACUAAAGCGUUCAAUACUCUAUUAUGUUUUUUCUUUCGUUCUGUAUUUUUAUGACAAUUUUAUUGUUUAAACUGUUUUCUUCCUUGCUUACAAAUAUCACAUUUUUGUACUAUUAACAAAGUGUGAACUGUUUUGCUGUUCAUAUUUUAGUUCAAUGCUUUUCUUUUUUACUUUUCUUUUUAUUUAUUUUCUUAUCCAAAGCGUUUCUUACAAAAACAUCUAAAUGUACAAUGAAUGUCUUUUUUUUUUACACAUGAAAUCGACCAUCAUGCCAAUAAAAUAAAAAUGAAAUUUG